AUGGCUGCUGAGCUUGGGGGUUGCUCUCUCGUAAGCUGUCAAGAAGCCUAUGUAAAAUCUCUUAACAGUUUUAUUGCUUCACUUGAUUCAAAGAAAGGGAAUCUUACCCUCAAAUGCCUUGAAGGGCACGUAGUUCCCCUUUUGAGUGACCUUUUCAAAGUUCAUACUGCGGAGAAAUUGCCCUUUUGUGUUCUAAGCGUAGGAAGUGGAGAAGGUAGUAAUGAUUUGUCUUUCAUUGAAAUGCUGAUCAAAUCCCUUCAAGGAGCAGGUAUCAGACCGUGGAUCUUUCAGCAUGCCAUUGAACCAGACGAAGCUAAGCUGGGGUCCUUUCGCGCGGAAGCAGAAGAUUUGCGCGUGCGUUUGAAGAACAGAGUACUUGGUAAUGUUGAUUUUGAAUGGUUCCCCAUGACAUACGACGAGUAUAUUGAACAAACCAAAAGCAAAGUUGUCAAAUUUAAUGUGGUUCAUUUUCUACACAGCAUAUACUACAUUGGUCCUGAUCUUGAAACAGCGCUAAAGCAUUGCUAUGAGAAAGAACUUGGGCCGAAAGGGGUAAUUUUUUCAAUUACUCCAGAUUUUAACUCUCCAUAUGCGAGAUAUGGCAAAGCGUUUUCUUCGGAAGGCUUGAUUUUGAGCCCUGGAUCUCACUACAGCAACAAGGAAGUUAUAGAUAUAGCUAAAAGAAAUGGGUGGAAGUACAAGGAAUGUUCAGGCGAGUCGGUUUCCUGUAACAUAGCAGGCAUUUUCGAUCGUUCUUCAGUGGAGGGCAAUCUUUUGCUUGACUUCCUAACGCAAUGGAAGAACAUUUCACAGACUGCAGGAGAAGAAAAUCUAAAGAAAAUUUUAAGCUUCUGGGAAAAUGAAUGCACUGCUAGUAGCCAUGGACAAAAGCUAGUAACGUUUGAAAACAGGACUGUUAUGAUCUUCAAAGAAUCAUAA